ACAGCUUGCAUUCCGCAUCGUUUCCCAUUCCUCACCCCUCUUAUAAAAUCUUUCAUUUCCAACCUGUUUUUUAAUUCAUUUCAUUCUCUUCUUCUUCCUAUAUAUAUAUUUUUCUCUUCUGUCUCUUCUUUGUUGUCUAUAUUCCUUUUCCCCUUCUGAAAUUUGGGUAAACCACCAAUCAUCACAAAGCUUCAAACACCAUGGCUUCGUAUGAACAACAACAAGGAAAGCCUUUACCCAAAUUCGGAGAAUGGGAUGUAAAUGAUCCUGCAUCAGCUGAAGGAUUCACUGUUAUAUUCAACAAAGCCAGAGAUGAGAAAAAAACUGGCGGGGGAGGAUCAGCCCGAAUUAAUUCACAGCGAAGAUCUGAUUCGCGCAAGGAUGACGAUAAAUCCGCCAAAAAAAAGUGGUUUUGCUUCAAACCAUAGACAAACAAGGAUAUGUGCUCUGGUGCAAAGAACAUAUGAUUCUUAUCAGUUUUCUUUUGAGAUGUUCUGAGGCUACCUCUGUCGUUAAAUCAAGAAAUAGAUAAAAAAGAAAAAAAGAAAAAAGAAAUAAUCAUUGUAGUUUUUAGUUUUGUUUUUGUUUACUUUUUCUUUGCCACCUAAUACAUACCAUGGAUCUAUCUAUCUUGUAACUUGUAAUACCCUCCAGCCAAAAAAAAGUUAUAAUAUAAAUAUAUGUAAAUAGGUGAAUGAAUGAAUAACUACGUUUUGCAAUUAUAGUAA